CGGAGAAGCUUAUUAAUUACCGAGACUAACUAGUUCUCUGGUGCUUGUGAGGCGAUUAGGAGGCAAAGAUGUCGGAACGAAAAGUAUUAAACAAAUACUACCCGCCCGACUUCGACCCGUCAAAGAUCCCCAAACUCAAGCUCCCCAAAGACCGGCAGUACGUGGUGCGGUUGAUGGCGCCUUUCAACAUGAGGUGCAAGACGUGCGGAGAGUACAUCUACAAGGGGAAGAAGUUCAACGCACGGAAGGAGACGGUGCAGAACGAGGUCUACCUGGGCCUGCCCAUCUUCCGCUUUUACAUCAAGUGCACCCGCUGCCUGGCCGAGAUCACGUUCAAGACAGACCCGGAAAACACUGACUACACCAUGGAGCACGGGGCCACGCGGAACUUCCAGGCUGAGAAGCUCCUGGAGGAGGAGGAGAAGAGGGUGCAGAAGGAGAGGGAGGACGAGGAGCUCAACAACCCCAUGAAGGUGCUGGAGAACCGGACCAAGGACUCGAAGCUGGAGAUGGAGGUGCUGGAGAACCUGCAGGAGCUCAAGGACCUGAACCAGCGCCAGGCGCACGUGGACUUCGAGGCCAUGCUGCGGCAGCACCGCCUGUCCGAGGAGGAGCGGCAGAAGCAGGAGCAGGAGGAAGACGAGCGCGAGACCGAGGCCCUGCUGGAGGAGGCCAGAAAGAGGAGACUGCUCGAGGACUCGGACUCGGAGGACGAUGCUGCUCCUGCCCCGCCCAGGCCGGCCCCGCGGCCCAACCCCACCGCCAUCCUGGACGAGGCCCCGAAGGCCAAGAGGCGGGUGGAGAGCUGGGAGCAGAGCGUGGGCAGCCUCGGCAGGGCCCCGCUGUCCGGCCUGGUCGUGGUGAAGAAGCCGAGGGCAGACUCGGAUGGCAGCGCCGGGCAGGGCCAGGCGGCACCGGCCCCAGGUGCCCUGCAGAGCAGGAAGGCGGCUGACCCUGCGCCCCCGCCACCCGCCGCCUCCUCCCUGAGCCAGCUGGGUGCGUACUUGGACAGUGACGACAGCAACGGCAGCAACGGCAGCAACUGAGCCCACCGGGGCCCACCCCCAGGUCAGGGGUCACAGGUCCAGCCGAGCCGGAGGCUUUGGACCGACCAGAGCCACAGGGAUAAGCACCAGCUCGGUGAGGCUGUGAGGGCUCCAGCCCAGGACUCGGCCCCCUCCUGCCCACAGCUGCCCUGCAACACCUCAGGGACCCCGCGCCUUCCCCCACCUGGCCCGGGCUUGAGGGCCCGGCACCCCGGGAGCGCCUCUCUCCUUCCAGCGUGACUUCUUGGUCCUCUCUGGGUGGUGCUGGACAUGUCAGCCAUGAUUCAGGCACCUGGGUGCGCCCACCCCCAGCUGCCCCAUCCCUUCCCCCCAUGGAACUG